AUGUUAACAUCAAUAAUGAAACAUUCUUUUCACUUGAAAAUCUCUCUUUUUUACAUUAUUGAAUCUUAAUAGAUUUUCUUUAAAUAAUUGAGUUUUUAAAAUAUAACAAAUUAAUUUGAAAGUAUUAUCAUUGCAAUAGCUGUAUAAUAAACAGAUAUUAGCUAUUUACGUAUCUUACAAACAAAUCGAAAUUAAGUUUUAAGCUUAUAAGGAUGCUAUGAUAUAAAUUUGAGUAAUGUUACUGUUAGAGAUGCAUAAGACAUCAUACUUUUAUAGACUUAAGAUUAUAUAAACACAUAUAUUUAUCCUAUAAAUAAUCUUACAAUGUCAUAUUUUGAUAUUUCAAAUUCUUAAAAUAUAGGAUUUAUUAUUUAGGCCAAUUAAUCUACAAUUUUUAAUUCUCAGUUUACAAAUUUGAAUUAGACGGCCACCAAUCUUAUUAAUUCUAAACUUUCUAAUAUUCGAAUAUUUGAAUGUAACUUUUAGAGUAUAAAUUUGAGCUAAGGAUAUUAAAUUCUUAGAUUGAUAAACUUUAACAAUCUAUUGAUUGAAUAGAUUUUUCAUAGUAUUUAGUAAUUUGUAAUUAAAAGAUAAUAUAUCUGA